UUUAAAAGCAGAGAGCCUCCCUUUCACAAAGCAACUGUGUUGCGUCUGCAUGCUCUCCGUCUGUGUGUGCGCUAGUGAGUGAGCGAGGGAGAGAGAGAGAGACAGAGGGAGAUAGAGAGAGAAAGCAAGCAAGAGAGGGGAGCGAGCGAGAACGGGCGAGGGAGAGCGAGACAAAGCUAUGAAAUUCAUCUGUGCGGUUUGCCUGCUGUUCCUCUUUCCAGCUCUGAGCCUCAAUAAAAGACAGGGCUAUGAGGGACUGGAGCGGAAGCUGAAGGAGGUGUUCACGGAGAGGGCCGGAAUCCUGCGUCAACUCUCCAAAACAUCAAACGAGUUGGACAGCAUAAAAGGGAACCUAAAGUCUCUGAAAAAUGGUGAGACGGUUCCCAAGAAGGAUGUCCAGAGAAUCCUGGAACUCAGCCAGAAGCAAAGGGAAGAGAUGAAGUCGCUCCAGGCAGCCCUGCAGAAGCAGCUGGAUGAGGCUACAGAGAGAGCAGAGAAGCAGCAGGCCACAAUAAAUUUCCUGAAGACAGAGAUGGAGAGGAAAAGCAAAAUCAUCAAGGACUUGCAGCAAGAGAACAAAAGCCUGAAGAACAAACUCCUGUCUGGCAACAAGCUGUGUGGCAUUCAUGCAGAGGAGUCCAAAAAAAUCCAGGCUCAACUGAAAGAGCUCCGGUACGGGAAAAAGGAUUUGAUUUUCAAGGGACAGCAGCUGACAGACCUUGAACGCAAAUUAACAGCAGCCAAGGAAGAACUGGAGAAGGCAGCGCUAGACAAGGAGUCACAGCUGAAAGCCCUGAAGGACACGGCGCAUCUCUGCUUCUCCUCAGUGCUGCACAGUCAGUCCUCCGAUGUCCACGGGCUCCCCUCCAUGCCCACGGACAUGCUGAGGUACUCCGCCCUCGCCAACAACUCCAGGGUCACCUACCAGCAGCCACAUGCCAAGGAUAUUCCGAAGAUCCUGAGGAUUGUCACAACAAGUAAAGCACCAUUGAACACAGAACACAUGAAGAGAGAAAGCACAGGGCUCAAAGACUGCCAAGCAGAGAAGGUUGGUGAGAAUUGUUUCCAAAACCAGACUGAAAAGUCAUCUCGUACGACUCAAACGACUGAGGUGAACUUGCAUAAUCAGCAGAAAUCCCAAGAGCGACCGAGAGCUGUAAAUGAUAUCGUAAAGCCAUCAGAAGAUGCCAAGAAAACAGAGGGAAGCAAGAAAAAGACACAACUGGAAAAACACAACUGAAAGAAAGGAGUGGGCUAAGGAAGGAGAUCCAGCUCAAUUGUACAUGUCCCAGGACUUUCUGUAUGCUGUUGAUGAUGUCAGUUUGGUUAAGUUUAGUACAAAGGCAUGCAACCCCCUCUGCUCCCUCACUCACAUUAAGACCACAGAGCAAUUGCGCACACACAGACACAAGCACACCCAGAAAACUGCACAUUAAAACAAACAGCUCAUGGUUCAGAAUAACUACAAUGCACUUUGUCCUUUCUGUCAACUGAUGACUUCAGGUUUGCCCUUUCUUUUUCCUUUUGUUGAUGUUAUGACUAUGAGAAAUUGAAACUUUAGGAGAGAAAAUGUAAUGCUUAAAUUUCUUAUGGUGAAGGCUUUGUGCUUAAACUGAAUCCAGUCCUUGAAUCUAGUAGAUUGUAAAAACACACAUCCCAUCACUAAAUUUUGGACUGUCCUAUCAAAAUGCACUGUAUUGUAACAGCAUGCAUUACAGCACUUAGGGUUUUUGGAGUUGUAGCGUUACAGGAAUUGAACUGUGUUGAAUGGUUGUCUACAUUUGCUCUUUUUCAGUUGUUAAUUUUGUGACAAAAUGUGUCACAAUAUACAAAUAUUUAAAGACUGCUAUUUGCAGUAAAACCCCCUGGGGGAGGUAAUAUUAAACUGAUUAAGUCUUAUUGCAGACCUCUAUAUUAUUUUGAUGAGCUCAGCUCCUCAAUGUACCUUGCGGUUUCCCCUAUCUGUCCCACCCAUGUAAUAUAUAGAUCUGUGAUUCAAGUGCAGCUGUUGAAAAUGGAUCCUGGUGAAUCUGUUUUGUCACCCUUGGCAAUAUUUCACAUAUAUCAGCUGGUCAUCUUCAAUGCAUUUGUUUUGCAGCACUGCUUUGAUUCAGUAUAUCAAAAGUCCUAAUAGUCUAAGCAAUUUACUGUGUAAUGAAUCAAUCACAUUUUCCAGCAUCACCUGAUCUCAUUGUAGCCUUUUAAUAAUGGUAGAUCAGAUCUUUGAUUUGACAUGAAAAGAAAGUUAAAUGUCAAUCCCUGCUUCAUUGAAGCAAACCGCAAAGAUCAUGCACAUUUGCAGAACACAAAUAAAUGCUGAAAGCAGGUUAACCUUUCAUUAACCAGCUUUGAUCCUGUGUUAAUGAGGUUAAGGAAAAAAAUAGGAAGUUACUCUUCACAUUUGAAUUUGAAUUUACUGGGAAUGUGUGGUUUAUGAUUUAGAUUUCAUUUGGGUUUUUGCAGGCAAGGUUUUGCACCACAAUACGAGGUGUUACAACAGUGAAGUAGUAAGUCUUGUGCACUGUUAGAAAUGAGAAACUGAUGAAGAAUUCCAGGGAUUCCAGAAAUUUCCAGGGAUGAAUCAAAGAUCAUAUAAUUUCAAAUGCCAAAUAGGAAAGUGUAAGGUGGCACAUGUCUGUCACAGUAUUAAAUUCACAAUUGAGUUAAAAGUUUUUGCUUGCAGUUGUUAUGCCUGUCCACAUAAUUGCCAGUGCCAUCUCUUCCCCACACUCAAUUUAGAAUGGACUGAGUGUCUCCCUUAUCUGAUUCACAAACAAAAAACAAAAAGUUUCAAAGGACACAAUGCAAUGAUUUGACACAGUAACCUCAACAUUUGAGUGGUAUUUCCUCUGCAGUUUUAAUUAACUAUCAUAA